AAAGUCUUCUUCUUCUUCUUCAUUUUGUUUUACGUUGAUGGCCAUUAUGGCUUUUUCUUCUCUAUCAUUUUUUCUCUGUCUUUUUUCUACAUGAAUCAAUUGAAAGGUUCAAACCUCUUUUUGUUUUCUUCUUUCUCUUUCAAACCCAUGUUUUCACUAAUGGAUUAGGCACCAUUUUGGACUUCUAAAUUUCAAGGUCCCAUCUGAGAGAUGUAUUGGGAACUCUAUAUUAUAUAAAAGAAAAAAUUUAACUUUUUUUCAUAACCCUAUUGGUUCUUAUCAGAAAAAUUGCAUCUUUUUUCUCAGAUGCCGAGUGCAGAGCAGGAUCAAGCGGAGAGGGAUUCAGAACCCUUUGUGGAAAUCGAUCCCACCGGCCGAUAUGGUCGGUACACAGAGCUUCUGGGUUCAGGCGCAGUGAAGAAGGUGUACAGGGCAUUUGACCAAGAAGAAGGCAUAGAGGUGGCAUGGAACCAGGUCAAGCUACGAAACUUCUCCGGUGACUCUUACAUCAUCGAUAGGCUUUACUCUGAAGUUCGUCUUCUGAGAUCCCUGACCAACAAUAACAUAAUUUCAUUCCACAAUGUGUGGAGGGAUGAAGAGCACAACACCCUCAAUUUCAUCACAGAGGUGUGUACCAGUGGCAAUUUGAGAGAAUACAGGAAGAAGCAUAGACACGUUUCCAUGAAAGCGUUGAAAAAAUGGUCCAAACAGAUUUUGGAAGGUCUUGAAUAUUUGCACACCCAUGAGCCCUGUGUUAUCCACAGGGAUCUCAAUUGCAGCAAUGUUUUUGUUAAUGGGAAUGUUGGUCAGGUAAAGAUUGGUGAUUUGGGAUUGGCAGCAAUAGUUGGGAAGAGCCAUUCAGCACAUUCUGUGCUUGGGACACCUGAAUUCAUGGCACCAGAGCUCUAUGAGGAGGACUACACAGAAAUGGUGGACAUUUAUUCAUUUGGGAUGUGUGUUCUUGAAAUGGUGACAUUGGAAAUUCCAUACAGUGAAUGUGACAAUGUUGCCAAGAUAUACAAGAAGGUCUCCUCUGGAGUUAGACCACAGGCUUUGAGCAAGGUCAAGGACCAAGAAGUCAGGGCUUUCAUUGAGAAGUGUUUGGCUCAGCCACGAGCAAGACCCUCAGCAACUGAGCUCCUAAAAGAUUCCUUCUUUGAUGAGAUUGAUAGGGAUGAUGAUGACGAAAAUGAUCAUGAAUGUGUUAGUUCAUGACAAAAAAUUAUAAAUUUGUUAUUAUUAUAUAUAUAUUUUUUUGAAUUUUUCUAGGUGUAAUGGUUAAGUUUAAAUUAGGUUUUGUUGGGGGUUAGUUUUUGAUUUAAUGGUCUUCAUUUUUCUGCUUUGUUGGGGUUUGUGGUGGUUUGAAGGGUGAUUUGGUGGAUCGGAUGGGAUAUGAUUUUGAAUUCUUUGUCAAUUUUUCCUUGCUUUUUAGAUAAGGAUUAAAUGUUGGUGGUGGUGUUUUUGUAUAUAGAGUUUCACUUCAUAAAUGAAUUGUUUUAUUUGUAGAUGAAAAUCAA